GAUACCCCGAUGCUGUUCGCAUUAUGAUUGGUUUGCACUUUACGGCUGCGCCUUGGCGGAACUGGAAGGGCAGAAAUCGAACCACUUCCUUUUCAGUCUCCACGAUCAUACAACUGCCAUUCUAUUUGGCGUUAGUUCCCGUUGCUGGGGCAGGCUUGGCUCUACUCUGAUGAACGAAGAUACCAACAGGCGAUUCCUCAGGUCGGAACAGCUCUAGAUCAUACCCUAGGAUGACCUCCCCGACCAUGGAGGCUCAACUACCCCGCCCAGCCUCUCGCGAAGGCUUCCAGAUCGCAAUCUUCUGCGCCCUUCCCCUCGAGGCCGAUGCUGUCGAGGCUCUCUUCGACGUCUACUGGGAUGAUGAAGACCCGCCCUUCGAUAAAGCGCCGGGUGACCCAAAUGCAUACUCUACCGGUGUCAUCGGCCGUCACAACGUUGUUCUCGUGCGCAUGCCGGGCAUGGGGAAAACCAAUGCAGCCAUCGUCGCAAAUAACUGCCGGACAAGCUUCUCAAGCAUUAAGCUUGCUCUCGUGGUCGGUGUUUGCGGUGUUGUUCCCUUUGGCCACAGGGGCGAGGAGAUUAUACUCGGAGACGUCGUCAUCAGCAAUGGAGUCAUUCAAUACGAUCUUGGACGGCAGCUUCCAGGAGGUCUUGUGCGUAAGGCCACGGUGCUCGAUUCUUUGGGCAGACCGAACCUUGAGAUCCGAGCGGUGCUAGCGAAAUUAGAAGGCCUUCGAGCCCGUAAGCUCCUAGCCACCAAGAUGACCGACUACCUCGACAUCCUUCGGAUCGAACCAUCGCUAGGUGCCCAGCAUCCGGGCCCGACACACGAUAUCCUAUUCGAGGCAUCAUAUGAUCAUAUUGGUGACAAGGAGCCGUGCGAGAAAGUAGGGUGCAGCGGCAAGCUUGUAACACGCCAUCGUCUCGAAACUGGCCAAGGCAAUCCAAAACCGGCUGUCCACAUAGGUCUGAUCGCGUCGGGCGACUCGGUGAUGAAGUCUGGGAAACAUCGUGACGACAUCGCAGCAAGAGAUGGCGUUAUAGCUUUCGAAAUGGAAGGCGCCGGAAUUUGGGACACCUUCCCAUCCGUCGUGAUCAAGGGUGCAUGCGAUUACGCGGACAGUCACAAGAGCAAGUCAUUACAGCCCUACGCCGCGGCUACAGCUGCGGCUUGCAUGAAAGCCUUUUUGAGUCACUGGGCGCCUUCCAUACCGGCAACUCCAAGCGGUCCUGCUAUAGUGAUGCCAAUCCGGACAGCCACAGCGCCAGAUAUACAGGAACAGCAAAUGAUUUUGCCUGUCAAGUACAUUGUGCCAUACACGAGCAAUCCGGAUUUCGUAGGACGCGCUGAAAUCCUCAACAAGCUGAAGGAUCGAUUUGGCGAUACACAACAGACAGGUGCCACUUCUCAGGCAAGAGUAUCACUGUACGGGCUGGGAGGGGUUGGAAAAACACAGAUUGCGUUGGCACAUGUAUUCUGGCUGCAAGAGACAUGUCCCCAGACGUCUGUUUUCUGGGUUCAUGCGAGCACUACUGAACGCUUCCGCCAGGCGUAUGGGUCUAUUGCGAAAGAAUGCCAUAUCCCUGGCCACAACGACCCAAAAGCUGACGUUUUGAUGUUGGUGAAAAGCUGGCUGGAGAAGAAGAACCACGGGAAGUGGUUGAUGGUCAUCGACAAUGCAGAUGAUGCGCAGCUCUUCUCUAGUCAACCAGCGGGCACCGCUACAACCAACGAACCGAAGAACAAGCAGAACCUCGCACGCUACUUGCCCGAAUGCGCCCAUGGUGCUAUUCUUAUCACAACCAGGAACAAGCAGGUGGGAGUCCGGCUGACAAAAGGACAACAGCCGAUUGAAGUGCUCUGUAUGGACAAGAACGAGUCGGAGCACCUGCUUCGUGCCAAGUUAUCGGACACCACCGCGGCCUCUGAUGACUUAUUGAUGCUGGCAGAUCGGUUGGAGAAUUUGCCCCUCGCCCUCGCCCAGGGGGCAGCGUACAUCCAGGAGACCAGCAUCACAGUUGCCAAAUACAUUCAACUUUUGGAUGGCAGUGAAACGAACAUGAUCGACCUGCUCAGCAAGGAGUUCGAGACGAUAGGGCGAGAUUCCGAUGCACUUCAGCCGGUGGCCCAAACAUGGAUUCUUUCGUUUCAGCAGAUCGAGCAGCAAAACGUCUUUGCUGGCGAGCUCCUCUCCUUCAUGUGCCUUCUUGAUCGUCAGGAUAUCCCAGCGCAGUUUCUAUCGCACUACAGCGAGCAGGAUCGGAACGGGGGCCCGCGCAGCGAUAUGGAACUCACAGAAGCGUUGGGCAUUCUCAAGGCUUUCUCGUUCUUGACAGAGAACAAUAUCGGCAACUUCGACAUGCAUCGCCUUGUGCAGUUAGUUACACGCAAGUGGCUUAACGGCAGGGGCACGAUCACUCGAUUCAAGAGCGAAGCACUCCAGACAGUAUCGCAUAUAUAUCCCGAUGGCAAUAUAUUUGAAAACCAAACACAAUGUGCUAUGUUUCUAUCACAUGCAAAUUCCGUGCUACGAUUGGACGGGGUUGGGUCGAGAGAUGAUGAUGAUGCAAAAGCAACACUCCUCAAUUGUAUUGCUGGAUAUUUUUCCUUUGGGGGCCAAUGGAGUGAUGCAGAAAAGCUCAACAUUGAGGCAGUGGAGAUACGAAAAGAGAUCUGGGGAGAGGACCAUCCCAAGACACUGAAAAGCAUGAUUGGCCUAGCGUUGACGAAUUGGAAGCAAGGUCGAUGGGAGGAGGCAGAGAAACUUCAAGUGUAUGUGAUGGAGACUUGCAAGCUCAAGCUUGGGGCAGAUCAUCCCAAUACACUGACAAGUAUGAUUAACCUAGCGUCAACGAAUUGGAAGCAGGGUCGAUGGGAGGAGGCAGAGAAACUUGAAGUGUAUGCGAUGGAGGCUUGCAAGCUCAAGCUUGGGGCAGAUCAUCCCAAUACACUGACAAGUAUGAUUAACCUAGCGUCAACGAAUUGGAAGCAGGGUCGAUGGGAGGAGGCAGAGAAACUUCAAGUGUAUGUGAUGGAGAUUUGCAAGCUCAAGCUUGGGGCAGAUCAUCCCAAUACACUGGCAAAUCAUCCCAAUACACUGGCAAGUAUGGGGAACCUAGCUAUGACAUGCUGGGAACAGGGCCGAUUGGAGGAGGCAGAGAAGCUUGAAGUGUACGUGAUGGAGACUUCUAAGGCCAAGCUUGGGGCAGAUCACCCCGAUACACUGAUAAGCAUGGCGAAUCUCGCAUACACGUGGAAAAGCCUGGAAAGAUUUUCCGAAGCUACGAACUUGAUGCGUGAGUGCGUUCACAUCAGGCAGACAAAGUUGGGUUUGAAUCACCCAGACACGCAGCUUGCAAUUUCUACUCUAGAGAAUGGGAGAGUAGAAACUAUGUGAACUGAGUGUAGGCUAUUAAAUUUAAAUGACUCAUCAGCAUAAUUGACACAGAUAUUCAAAUUAUG